AUGCCUGGCCAUGGAUCCUCCUCCAAGGGCAAACAUCGAGGCCAUGGAUCUUCCCACCAUGGAUCUUCCCACCACGGAUCUUCCUCAAAAGGAAAACAGCCAGCCGCACAACCCAAAGACCGGAACUGGAUCGGAGAGGGCAACUUCAACCUAACAAAGUUCAAGGAGAAUGAACUCAGCAAGCUGAUUGUGGAUUCUGAUGAUAAAGACUUUCGGCUUUCACGUGCCUGGCUCUGCUUUGCCCAGGAAAACAUCGUCGACGAUGUCGCAACCAACCACGCUUUCUUGAAGUUCGAUUUCAGACCUUGCAACAAUCAUUCCUGGCGCGGCGCAAAGCUUGAGGCCGUGCCAGAUCCUAGCGAGGACGAAAUGUUGGAUGAAACAACAGGGAUAUUGUACACGUCCUCGAACGUCAAUCUGAACCUGAAGGAAUAUGCAGGGCCGCCCAGAUCAUUGAGGUUCUGCAUGGAGCUGGAUGCAAGAUUCAACGACAGCACAGGCUCUACGACACUCGGUAAUCUCAUCUACUUACUCUCACGGGCAGGAUUGAUCCGCUUUGGCUUCUCAACAAAGAUGACAAUCGGUGGCCUGGACAUGUACGUCGGCUGUCGAGACUAUGUAGCUCAAGUCCUGUUCAGCCUACAACUCGAGAGCCGCAUCACGAAGAGACUGCGGGAUCCAGAGGGUUAUUCUCGAGAAUUAAUGGUGCUGGAUGAGAGCGGUAAAGAGUAUACGCCGAAGGUGGGUGCUGUUUUCCCAGACGUUCACGCCGUCCUGGCAAGCUUUUUCGAAGAGGUAGACCGCCAUCUAGGCGGGUCAGUUGUUGUAGCGUCAACAUCUAAAGUCGAAACGGGAUAUUUCCCGGACCACCCCAAGCGCUCGCGGACAGGAGAUGGCUACCCCUACCAGGUCAAAUACCCAUUUGGCUACAAAUACGGCGACGUUGCUGUUACCAAGACAAGCGAGAAGACAAGACAGGAAGGAGGGGCGGCUCAAGCAAGUCAGGGAGCAUACGGAGGCCAGGCACGUCAGACAGCAUACGGAAGCCAACCAGGUCAGGCUGCAUAUGGUCCGCCAGGUGAGGCAGCAUACGGAGGUCAGGGAGGCCAGGCAGCAUACGGAGCAUACGCAAGUCAACCAGGUCAGGCAGCAUAUGGCCAGGUAGGCCAAGGAGCAUAUGGAGGUCGGGGAGGCCCAUCAGGCGCCUCUAUGCCCGGUCCUUCUGGCUAUUACCAAAAGUACUAG